CAGACCGCUUGUCACAAGGAUGCGCCUCCUACUGCUGGCCACGCUGCUAGUCCCUGGCCUCCGGGCUCAUGGGGUGCAAGAGCCAGACCUGUCGCAGAUCUCUGGGAAAUGGUUCACUGCUGCCCUGGCCUCCAAUAAGUCUGCCCUGAUCGCACCUGGUGGGCACUUUAGGGUUUUCCUUGACACCCUGGACGUGAAGGACGGCAAUGUGCAUGGGGACAUCCUGGUGCCGGAAGAUGGAGGGUGCAAGACCCUCUCCCUCGUAGCGUUCAAGACUGACAAGAAUGACAGAUACCAGUUCUCCCUGCAAUUCCAGGGACACAACAAGAUGGACAUGGUGGAUGUGGAGACCGGUGAGGCCCUAGCUAUCUUCCUAAACAACAAGUACCAGGACGAGACCAGCUUGGUGGCCGCUUUGGUGGUGCGGACACUCCCCGCUAAGAAAGACUCCCUAGACGCGUUUGAGCGCCUCUGUGAAGACCGUGGCCUGCACAAGGAGCAGAUUGUUCUCCCAGACCACACUGAUCACUGCCAGACAUCCCAAUCCUAGGCCCAGCCUGUCAUCCCAGAAACAGGAAUUCUGUCAAGAGCGCCUCAUCCUGCCGUGCAA